UAUAUGUUCGCUCUGCUUGCCAUACUAUGUUAUGUACACAAAUUAAUGGGAAUUUAGUCUUUCUCUUUCUCCAUCUCUUUAGUACAUGUGUACUGUAUCUUGUGACUCCCAGCCAGCCAGGGAUAGAGGAGGAGGAGUCCAACCAGCAGUGGUAGGAAUAUCCCAACUUGAAUCAACAUUGACAGAUUCUGAUAGAAGCAAGAAUGACCCACUGUACAAAAGAGAUGAGGUUGAAAGGAAAAGCACAAUUCCAACUAUGAACUGCACAAAGUUGAGAGUGUGUGUGGUGCUCCUGCAGAUUGGCUGGCAGUCACUGCAGUGUUUGCCUGUGACAUGUGAGUUGGGUAUCCAGUGACAGUGUUCCCCUGCAGACUCACACCUGUUGACUGCCAGCUGGUACACCUCUUCCUCCACCACCUGCAGACUCUGGAUACUCACCAUCCCAGACUCUGACACGUUAGACUCUGCCAGUUGUAGUCUAUACUGGUCGGCCAGCUGUGGAUUUUGGAACAGACUGUACUCUGUGCAGACGUCACUGCCAAUGGCCUGCCAGUCUGUCAUUAUCAGCAGUGCAGUUGUGGUACACAUCA